GUUUAUUUUGAAAAUGUAUGGCGCUAGCUGAAUUGAAUCGUGACUUUUAAAACGUAAAGGUUGCAAGUUUAACGUUGUGUGAAAGCUGCACAGUCAGACAUGAAGAGAGUUCACGUGAAAGACACUGUGAUCCCCGCACAGCCCAGUGCGACAUUCAGAGCUGCACUUGUCAAAAACGACAUGGACAAUAAGAAGAACCAGCACAGAUCUCUUAAAGUGCCAACCACGAGAUAUGGGCAGCAAAAUGAUUUAAGAGAACAGAAUCGAGUCUUGACUGAAACAAAUGAAUCCCUUCAGAAACAGCUUGAAGAAAUGAAGGAAACAGCAACUGAACUGGUGCAGCGAUGCACAGACAUCCAGGGAGAAAACAGAGAGAUUCAAAAACAGCUGCGAGACUGCCAUGUCCUUCUUGUUGCCGAACACCUAGACCCAGUUUCAGGGGAAAAGUUGGGUCAAACAGCACAAGAAAAGGAUGAACAAAGAAAAGAAGUUAUGACUGUUUCUCAAAAUCUCUUGACUGAGCUGAAACAGUUUGGGGAGAUGGCACAAGAGCAGACAGCAAAUUUAAUGGAAGUGCAGAGCACUAUGAGGCACCUGACAGAAGCACAUGAAAAGCUCCAGCAGGAGAAGGCAUUGUUCAGUUUGGAUGUGGAGGAAAUGGAGAGAGCUUUAGAGGAGGCAGAGAGACUCUUGAUGGAAUGAAUCAAAGAAACUCAUUUCAUUGGCCAAACAUUCUGCUAUAGCAUAUGAUACCUUGAAAUCUGUAAGUCUGACAACUGAAAAACCAUUUGGACAGGUGUAACACUGUCUUGCAGUUAUGGGACACACCAAUUUCAAAAACCCAAUUUUUUAAAUACUACUUUACAUAUAAAAUACUUUAAGAUGACUUUCUGAACUCUCUUUGUAGACAAUAGUUUGUGUUGUGUGUUUAGGAGUAGAGAUUUUUAUAAGCACCAGUUUACAUGUAAAGUAAAAUAUGAGCACUUCUUGAAAAAUGCAGACUGUAUGUUUUCCAUUUAAAUGUUUUUUUUUUUUUUACACAUUGUAAAAAGUGAUUUAAAAGGCUUGAAAACCAAGACUUGACUCCUUUUUUAAUGCUGAUGGUUUGCAGCACAUACCAUCCAUCGCUCGUGCUCCGUCCAUGUGAUCAACACUGUCUAGGCACUGUGACGUUUAAAAGCAGAAAACAGAUUUGCAGCUUUCUGACAGCUAUCCUAAUACUGCCAGCUUGCAUCCAGUUGUUAUAGAAGAAAGUCAACUGUGAUGAUGCCUGAAUCCCUAUAGCAACCAAUGCAGGCAUGCCAAAAAUUGACACCACUAUCUGAACAUACCGAUUUGAUUUUACUUGCAAAAUAAACAGUUCAGACAGUCUGUCGUAAAGAUCAGGUCUGAAAAACAAAUUGAAAUUGUGUGAACGGCAUGAAGUUCUUUAAUGGGUAGUGUGGUCAAACCAAAAUAUGGGGAAAAAAUAGUGGAUUUUUUGUAAAAUGUGUCUCAUCCAUUUAAUCAUAGUAAUCAAAACAAGUGCAUUACAUUGAAAUCAAGGGGGGUUACAGCGAUGCAGCGUUCCUGCAGUGGCCCCCAAAAGGAUUUGGAUAGUUAAGCUACAAUUAAAAAUGUAUGACUAAUUGCAUUCAUUAACAAUAUAUCAAACCAAGUGGCAUUUACUUUAAAAUUAGCAAAAGCACACUUUCUCAGCAAACCAUUUCACAAAAACAAGUUAUUUGUUUAAAUAAACUUUUUGGACACUUUCUGGUUAUUAAAGGUAGUAGAUGUGGUCACUCUGCUAGGACAUCUGUGUGAAACUCUGGGGAUCUGACUUCAUACAUCCACCAAAAAUCACCUUGAGACCAGUUGGUUAAAAGUAAUGACAAAAAUUGCAAAUAAAAAUGACGUUAUUUCUGACAAAAAAACAUCUAGCAUCAUUUGUUUGCAGAUGCAGCUUGUUUGAUAAUUUGUUAUGUAGUGCAAUCACAUUCAUACAUCUCAUCACUGAACCCGUUAUAAGAUUAUAUGAGAUUACAUUUCUGCAGUCUGCAUCAUGUAAACACAGCCAAUUGACACAUUUUGGAAUUUAGUCACCAAUAUGUUAAAAAUACAAGAUCUGUUUAGGGAAUAAUAUCAGCAAAAUAUGAUAACAAUAUUACGCAAAUGUCAUUUGAAGAAACAAUUUGCAUUUAAGCUUACUAAGAUUGAGUUGCAUUUGUAACAGUUUUCAUAGAGCAUGUGGCUUAUUAGAUGUUCCUAUUUUUAGAUGCAUAGUUGGAUCACGCACAGCUGGGAUGUAAAGUUAAAUGGAAAGUGGUGAUUGCCCGUGUAAAACUCGCUGCCAUAAUGCUGUGGUGUUUUGGGUUGUUGCCUGGAUGUUGCUAUGUGGUUGCUGAUGUUCUGAGUGGUUUUUAGCAUGUUUCUGUGUGGUUGCUAGGGUGCAAUGGGAUAGUAGCUAGACUAUUCUGGGUGAUUUUUAAGUGGUUGCUUUGGGUCCCAUGUUAAAAGAGCCCACCCCCAAGAUGGUCUCCAAAUAUGGUUCAGGUACCUCCUUCAGUGUAAAUCUAUAGUGGGUCGUUGGUUUUUUUUGGGGUUUUUUUUUUUUUUGUCUGUUUAAUCAUCCACAGAUACUGAGGUAUCAUUCCACUAGCACAAACAACGCGAGACAAAUUAUGUGCUCUUAAGUUAAGUUUAAUACUUGGGGUUAGGGGUUUAACAAAUGUUUAACAUGUGCUGAACAUGUGCUGUUCUUUUGUGAUCACAGCAAAUGGCAAUGAGAGAUUAUUACUGUAUUAUAGAGUAUAAGACAGAGUAUUACUGUAUUAUACACUCAAUGUAUUAUACACUAUGGUCCUAAUAAAGUGCCCGACGUGGUCUUCUGCUGUUAUAGCCCAUCCUUAAGGUUCGACGUGUUGUGCAUUCUGAGAUGCUAUUUUGCUCACUACAAUGUUACAAAGUGGUAAACUGAGUUACCGUAGCCUUUCUGACAGCUCGAACCAGUCUGGCCAUUAUCCAUUGACCUCUCUCAUCAACAAGGCGUUUCUGUCCACAGAACUGCUGCUCACUGGAUGUUUUUUUGUUUUUGGCACCAUUCUGCGUAAACUCUAGAGACUGUUCCCAGGAGAUCAGCAGUUACAGAAAUACUAAAACCAGCCCGUCUGGCACCAACAAUCAUGCCAUGGUCAAAAUCGCUGAGAUCAAAUUUUUUCCCCAUUCUGAUGGUUGAAGUGAACAUUAACUGAAGCUCCUGACCCAUAUAUGAAUUAUUUUAUGUACUGAACUGCUGCCAUACGAUUGGCAGAUUAGAUAAUCACAUGAAUAAGUAGGUGUGCAGGUGUUCCUAAUAAAGUGGACAUUGGUUAAUCCUAAAUGCCAAGAUGAUUUAUGUGUUCAAAAGUCAUGAUGAACAUACUGCAGAUUUUUUACCAUUUCUAGACACUAUUACUCAUUUUAAGUUUGAGUACUUAAGUACAAUGCAUUAUGAUGCCUUCGAAAACAUUUUGAAUGCAUUGUAGAUAAUUCAGAUGUAGGAAGCAUUACUAACAUUUCAGUAUCAAGAGCAAUCCUCAAAGCAUGUCACAAAGUAUUGUGAUAACUCGCUUUGAAGUGCAUAUUUUACCCACACUCAAAUCGAUAAUUCUUUGCAAAGCCCUUCCAGUCUUUGGACCUAAUGUUUUUCUUUUAUGAAUGUUCAACUAAGCCAGAAAUCUGUCCUUGUCUAUUUGAAUUAAUGUGAUUCUGUCACAGUCACAUACUCUACAUAAGUAUGCAAAUGCAAAUACUUGGCCAACAUUGCAAGUUAACAUGCGUUCUCAUCUAACUGUGGCGGUAACAAACCUCAGAACUCAAGGGGGCGAUAGUUACUUAAAAACAUCUGUGCCAUUAGCUGAUAUGCUAAUCUUUAGGUGGCUAGUUUUAAACAUGCUGAAUGUUUAACAAAUGUUAAAUAACUUUCUCAGCAAAAUUAUCUUGAAACUCUUGACAUGAAAGUGAAAACUGACCAUAGAAGAAGAUAGUUUACUGCUAAUACUUGGUAUAGCACCCCCAUAGUGUCAAUGCUGAGAAAGCAACAUACACUUGCGUACCGUUAUGAAUCGCAUUCUAACACAUUAUGUAGCUAGAAGUAUUUGCGUUCACAUACUUGUGUCAGUUAUGUUUCGGUUAAAAUAUUAUUUGUAAUGUUUUUGUUUCUGUGACAUGUGACUUUGCAAUCUUAAAAUAUUUCAGGGACAAUCCCCCUCUGGAAUAACCCGGUGUUAAGUGACUUGGUAAAGGGCACUUUUGGUUACCAGCCUAGAUCUUUA